AUGGUGAGUCUGGACAUUGAUUUUGACAUAGAAUGUUGUGAACUUAUUAAUAUGUUCAAGAAAAGAGGAUAUCCAGGCCACAUAUUAUACGAGUUAUAUGAAGAAGUUAAGGACCUACGUGGGUCAGUUGUGAAAAUAUGUCAGUUCUUGGAGAAGAACCUUGAUGAUGAUGCUGUUGACGCUGUUGUAAGAAAUGCUAGUUUCAGCUGCAUGAAAGAUAACAAGAUGGCCAACUUCACUCUUGUUCCAGAAACAAUGAUGGAUCACAAAAGGAGCCCUUUUAUGAGAAAAGGUAUAUGUGGAGACUGGAAGAAUCAUUUUACAAUUGCACAGAGCAAAUACUUCAACAAAGUUUACCAGGAAAGGAUGAAAGACGCAGAGAUUAAGUUUGUCUUGGAUUAGUCCAACCUAUUUGCUUAUUAGCUUUUUAAAUAUCUUGCUAGAAGCUAUGUAAAAUAAAGCUGCAGUUUCAGUCAUUGUCCUACUAAUCUUGAAGUAGUGUGUUAGCAUUUCCUGUAAAGAAAUAAUGCAUUACUAAAAGAGCAUAAAUGAGAACUGGCUUUGCUCAUGUACCACUCCUGGAUAAUCUAAUUAAGCCAUCCUACACACAUACACAUGUGAAUAAAACUUGUUUUUCAUCUAAUACAGCUGCACUUUCAACAUUACUCUCCCUCUCCCCCUUGCAGUUGUAUAUCUUCCUCUCCCCUUUCUUGUCUCUCCCCCACCAACAACGCUAUACCCUUACCUUGAUCCAUCUUGCUUCAUCAUAUUAUCUACCUGUUUUUCUUAGCCUUACCUCCUUCUCAGAUAAUAUAUAGUUGUGUUGCAUCCUCCUAUUUCUUGUCUCACUACAGAUAUUAAGCAUGUUGCUUGAAUCAUACUAAUACAACAACUCUAAAUCAGCUAAUUUUAUAUCAUAUAGUUUUUCUACCUCACCUUAUCUCAAACAUUGUUAUAUCUACUACUACACCUGUACAUGUGAUGACAAGGAAUGUAUGAAAUCUAUUUUUGAAUUGUAGCUAGUUUUCUAACUGUGCUCAUGUGUCUUAAAAUUCUCUGUAAAUCUGUAAAAGUGUGCUUUUACUGUGUUUUUCAAUUUUUAACCCCUGCAAUAAUGCCAAUUCAUUAACAUUUUUCCAACCUUGUGGAGCUUUCACCCCCAGGCUUCUGCUGAAAAGGGUCUCUUUAGAGUCAUAAGUUCCCUAUCAAUUAAAAUAAAUAAAUAAAAUAUGUCA